CACGCCUGCCCACCCGAGCGCUCUAUGUCCCGGGGGCGCGGCCAUGGAGGUGGUGGGCGACUUCGAGUACAGCAAGCGGGACCUCGUGGGACACGGGGCCUUCGCUGUGGUCUUCCGGGGGCGGCACCGCCAGAAAACUGAUUGGGAGGUGGCUAUUAAAAGUAUUAAUAAAAAGAACUUGUCAAAGUCACAAAUUCUGCUUGGAAAGGAAAUAAAAAUCUUAAAGGAACUUCAGCAUGAAAAUAUCGUAGCACUCUAUGAUGUUCAGGAAUUACCCAACUCUGUCUUUCUGGUGAUGGAGUAUUGCAAUGGUGGAGAUCUGGCAGAUUAUUUGCAAGCUAAAGGAACUCUGAGUGAAGAUACUAUCAGAGUGUUUCUUCAUCAGAUUGCAGCAGCCAUGCGAAUCCUGCACAGCAAAGGGAUAAUCCACAGGGAUCUCAAACCACAGAACAUCUUGUUGUCUUACGCCAGUCGAAGGAAGUCGAAUGUCAGUGGUAUUCGCAUCAAAAUAGCUGACUUUGGUUUUGCCCGUUACCUACAUAGUAACACAAUGGCAGCGACACUGUGUGGAUCCCCAAUGUACAUGGCUCCUGAGGUUAUCAUGUCUCAACAUUAUGAUGCUAAGGCAGAUUUAUGGAGCAUAGGAACGGUGAUCUAUCAAUGCCUAGUUGGAAAACCACCUUUUCAGGCUAACAGUCCUCAAGACCUAAGGAUGUUUUAUGAAAAAAACAGGAGCUUAAUGCCUAGUAUUCCCAGAGAAACAUCACCUUAUUUGGCUAAUCUCCUUUUGGGCUUGCUUCAAAGAAAUCAGAAGGACAGAAUGGACUUUGAAGCGUUUUUCAGUCAUCCUUUCCUUGAGCAAGUUCCAGUUAGAAAAUCUUGCCCAGUCCCAGUGCCUGUGUACUCCGGCCCUGGCCCUGGAAGCUCCUGCAGCAGCUCGCCACCUUGUCGCUUUGCUUCUCCACCAUCCCUUCCAGAUAUGCAGCAUAUUCAGGAAGAAAACUUAUCCUCCCCACCAUUGGGUCCUCCCAACUAUCUACAGGUGUCCAAAGAUUCUGCCAGUAAUAGUAGCAAGAACUCUUCUUGUGACACGGAUGACUUUGUUUUGGUUCCACACAACAUCUCGUCAGACCACUCAUAUGAUAUGCCAAUGGGGACUGCUGGCAGACGGGCUUCAAAUGAGUUCUUUGUGUGUGGAGGGCAGUGUCAACCUACUGUGUCACCUCACAGCGAAACAGCCCCAAUUCCAGUUCCUACUCAAGUAAGGAAUUAUCAGCGCAUAGAACAGAAUCUUAUAUCCACUGCCAGCUCUGGUACAAAUCCACAUAGUUCUCCAAGAUCUGCAGUGGUACGAAGGUCUAAUACCAGCCCCAUGGGCUUCCUCCGGGUUGGGUCCUGCUCCCCUGUACCAGCAGACACAGUGCAGACGGGAGGACGAAGACUCUCGACCGGCUCUUCCAGGCCUUACUCACCAUCCCCUUUGGUUGGUACUAUUCCUGAACAGUUUAGUCAGUGCUGCUGUGGACAUCCUCAGGGCCAUGAAGCCAGGAGUAGACACUCCUCAGGUUCUCCAGUGCCACAGACCCAGUCACCACAGUCACUCUUACUGGGUGCUAGACUGCAGAGUGCACCCACCCUCACCGAUAUCUAUCAGAACAAGCAGAAGCUCAGAAAGCAGCACUCUGACCCUGUGUGUCCAUCCCUUGCCGGGGCUGGAUAUAGUUACUCACCUCAGCCGAGUCGGCCUGGCAGCCUUGGAACCUCUCCCACCAAGCAUAUGGGGUCCUCUCCACGGAGUUCUGACUGGUUCUUUAAAACUCCUUUACCAACAAUCAUUGGCUCUCCUACUAAGACUACAGCUCCUUUCAAAAUCCCUAAAACACAAGCAUCUUCUAACCUGUUAGCCUUGGUUACUCGUCAUGGACCUGCUGAAAGCCAGUCCAAAGAUGGAAAUGACCCUCGUCAGUGUUCACAUUGCCUCUUAGUACAAGGAAGUGAGAGGCAUCGAUCUGAGCAGCAGAGCAAGGCGGUAUUUGGCAGAUCUGUCAGUACCGGGAAGUUGUCAGAACAACAGCACGUAAAGGCACCUUUAGGUGGACACCAGGGCAGCACAGAUAGUUUAAACACAGAACGACCAAUGGAUGUAGCUCCAGCAGGAGCCUGUGGUGUUGUGUUGGCAUUGCCAGCAGGAACAGCAGCAAGCGCCAGAGCUGUCCUCUUCACCGUGGGGUCUCCUCCACACAGUGCCACAGCCCCUACUUGUACUCACAUGGUCCUUCGAACAAGAACCACCUCAGUGGGGUCCAACAGCUCAGGAGGCUCCUUGUGUUCUGCGAGUGGCCGAGUGUGUGUGGGCUCCCCUCCUGCGCCAGGGUUCGGCUCCUCCCCACCAGGAGCAGAGGCAGCUCCCAGCCUAAGAUACGUGCCUUACGGUGCUUCACCACCCAGCCUAGAGGGUCUCAUCACCUUUGAAGCCCCUGAACUACCAGAGGAGACACUGAUGGAGCGAGAACACACAGACACCUUACGUCAUCUGAACAUGAUGCUGAUGUUUACUGAGUGUGUGCUGGACCUGACAGCAGUGAGGGGUGGGAACCCUGAGCUGUGCACAUCUGCUGUGUCCCUGUAUCAGAUUCAGGAGAGUGUAGUUGUGGACCAGAUAAGCCAGCUAAGCAAAGAUUGGGGGCGGGUAGAGCAGCUGGUGUUGUACAUGAAGGCGGCACAGCUGCUGGCGGCUUCCCUGCAUCUCGCCAAAGCUCAGAUCAAGUCCGGGAAGCUGAGCCCAUCCACGGCUGUGAAACAAGUUGUUAAAAAUCUGAAUGAAAGAUAUAAAUUCUGCAUCACCAUGUGCAAGAAACUUACAGAAAAGCUGAAUCGCUUCUUCUCUGAUAAACAGAGAUUUAUUGAUGAAAUCAACAGUGUGACUGCAGAGAAACUCAUCUAUAAUUGUGCUGUGGAAAUGGUUCAGUCUGCAGCCCUGGAUGAGAUGUUCCAGCAGACUGAAGACAUCGUUCAGCGAUACCACAAGGCAGCCCUUCUUUUGGAAGGCUUAAGUAAGAUCCUGCAGGACCCUGCAGAUGCUGAGAGUGUGCAUAAGUGUAAGUGCUGGCCCGGCAGUGCCCCUCCCUCACCCCCACCCCCGCUCUCCACAGAAAGAGAACUCGGGACUAUUACACAGAGAACUGAGGAGAGGGGCGGGAGGGAUGGCUCAGCGGUUACGAGCCCUGACUGCUCUUCCAGAGUCCUGAGUUCAAUUCCCAGCAACCACAUGGUGGCUCACAACCAUCUGUAAAGAGAUCUGAUGCCCUCUUCUGGUGUGUCUGAGAACUGAGGAAUAACAGCCAUAGCAGUUUUUUUAAUUGUUUAGUUUUUAAAGAAUUGGGUAUCAGUCAGGCAAUGGUGGUGCAUGACUUUAAUCCCACAACUUGGGAGACAGAGGCAGGCAGAUCUUUUAGGCCAGCCUGGUCUGCAGAGCCACUUCUAAGACAGCCAGGGAUAUAUAGAGAAAACAAACAGAAAAAGAAUUGAGUAUCAUGACAUUUAAUUUUUUUCUUUUUUCCUUUUAUUGGAUAUUUUAUUUACAUUUCAAAUGUUAUCUCCUUUCCCGGUUUCCCCUCCAGCACCCCCCCAUCAUAUCUUCCCUCCCCCGGCUUCUAUGAUGGUUCUCUGCCCUACCUGCCCACUCCCUCCCGCCUCUCCACCCUGGCAUUCCCUACACUGGGGAAAUGAGCCUUCCCAGGACAAAACAAGGCCAUCCUCUGCUAUAUAUGUGGCUGGAGCCAUCAGUCCCUGCAUGUGUACUCAUUGGUUGGUGGUUUAGUCCCUGAGAACUUUGGGAACUCUGAUUAGUUGAUAUUGUUGUAGUUCUUAUGGGGUUGUAAACCCCCUCAACUCGUUAUUUUAUUAUUAUUAUUUUAUUUUAUGUGCUUGAAUGUGUUGCCUACAUGUAUAUCUACAUGCUUGAUGCCUUUGGGAGCUAGAAGAAGGUAUCAGAUCCGCUGGAUCUUGAGUUGCAGAGAAUUAUGAGCACCAUGUAAGUGGGAGGACUUGAAUCCAGGGCCUCUAGAAAAGUAGCCAUUGCUCUUAGCUGCUGUGAUCUCUCCAGCCUUCAAUUAUGGGAUUUUUCCAAAUAAUAUUUGAUUCUGUUGUUUCUCAUUGCCUCUCUUCUUCCCCAUCCACAUUUGGCAUUGUUCUGAGCAGCAUGACAAAAUCUCAAGUUGUCCUCUGCUAGCUGGGACAUAAAGCAUCCCCCUGUCCAGUGCACACUUGCUAUGUGUGCCUCCUGCCUAUGAGUCUCUUAGUAGCAGCGUUGUGAGGUAGGCUGUGUCGAUGGUUCUGUGUUUGUAGAUAGAAUUCAAUAUUGUUUAUAGUUUCGGGCCUAAAUAGGGAUCUUAGAGUGAAUCCUUUGUGGGUAAAGAGCCCCUGAAUUUAACAGAUUGUAAUUUGUCUUCUAGAUGUAGAAUCAUACUGCCUGAGAUGGAUCUUGACUUUAAAAACUUGAACAAGUUAUUAAUCUUUUUGUGAGAUGUUGACAACAGUGCCAGCCCUGUAUGCUGUAAGGACUAGAGAGGCUUCAUAUAGAAUAUAGAUUACUUUCAUCCUUUAUGUUGUCAUCGCAUUAUUUGUGGUCAGGUUCUUGUUUAAGACUGUAGGGGGGGUUUGUUUUUUUUUGUUUUUUUUUUUUCUUUUCUUUUUUUCCGGAGCUGGGGACCGAACCCAGGGCCUUGCGCUUGCUAGGCAAGCGCUCUACCACUGAGCUAAAUCCCCAACCCCGGGGCUUUGUUUUAUUAUUGAAUAAAACUCUUUUAAGCUUUCUGGGUGUAGUAACCAAAGAAUAUUGUAAGGAUCCUGUGUACUGCAUAUUUUAUAUAACUAGCAGAUGGAUGGGAUACCAGAAUGAUACAUAAACAUAGAUAUAUUUCUGUCUGUAUGUAUAUGUGUGUAUGUAUAUUUGUGUGUGUGUGUGUGUGUGUGUGUGUGUGUGUGUGUGUGCAGUGUGUGUGUGCAGUGUGUGUGUAGUGUGUAUAUAUAUAUCCAUCCCUAGUAUCUGGUAUGAAGAGUUGUUUUUGUGGUUUUAGGACAGCAUUCCUAAAGUUACUUGUACUUCUAAGCAAGGAGAGUCGUUGUGCCAAUCUGAGUUUUCCACUGCAGCAUUAACCUGCAGGUUAUAUCUGAACUGUUGCAGGUCAGAGGAAAGAAAGUAUAUUCAUUAUGUUCACCUUGGGGCCAAGACAGAGCAGGAACUAUGGUGGUGAGAGUCAUGAUUUCCCCCCUUAGUUCCUCUGUCCUUGGGUUAGAAAACACAAAUAGUUUUUAUGAUUAAUGUCACUUUACAUUUUAUUUUUAGAUAAAUGUAGUAUUGAAAGAAGAUUGUCAGCGCUCUGCUGUAGCACUGCAGCUGUGUGAGGAGCAGGCUUGUCUGUGGACCAGCAUAGAACAGGAGGUGCCUGACUGUGGACCAGCGUGAAACAGGAGGUGAUACAUUUGAUUACAUCUUGGUUCUGUCACCCAUCCCAGGACACUGUGGUGACUACCAAAGAACAAACAGCAACUUAAGAAGGAAAACAAUACAAAACUACUACAUAUUGUAGGAAACCUGCCUUAUUGGAGAAGUCACUCCCUCUUUCCUUUCUCUUUUAGAAGCAGAAGCAAAAGAGUUGUCCACAUGGCUCGAGUUAUUAGAACCUGGCAAAUAAAUGUACCUUAGAACUAGUAUCAUAAGUACAGUUAUUCUUGUGGAUAAUUAAACAGGAAACAAAGUGAGUGACCUCACUCAGCUCUCUGAGCUAUAUGUGAAAGUCCAUGUUUGCUAAAGCAUACACAAGCAAAAGAGUAUACAGCUCAUCCAGACAACUUGAGAUUUGGGGUAAGUUUGCCUGAAUCUGAGCGUGCAUCUUUAAACAGCUCAGGAGAAGGAAUUUUAAGAAGAAACAAGGUGACUCUUGGAUGAACUGUGAAAUCUUCAACUUGAUCUAAUGUGGACAUGACGUUAAUCUUCCAAAAAUCUUUCAUAUUGCACUAAUUUAUUAAAUAACUAUGUAUUGGAUUUUGCAAUUUAAAACUAACUGAGGCACAAUGGACUUGUUUAAAAUAUUUUACUUGAUUACAUACAUAUGUCCUUUUCAGAGUUCAUGUGUACUCUCCACUGAACUUGUAAAUGGUCAGAACUUGCGUUCAUGUGAGCCUUUGCAUUUUUCUCACCUGCGAUAUAUCUUCACCCACAGAUCUUCUCAGUGGAAGUUUGAGUUGCUGAUUGUUUGCAUUUUUUGUUGUGCAUGCAGAAUGUUCAUCGAUUCUUGUGACCUUAGUUUUAUUAAAGGCUGUUGAUUUGGGCAGUAUUAGAAAGCUAUCAUGAAUCAAGAAAUACUCUUGAGAAUUUUAUAGGGCCAAAUCAAAGUGAUGAAUAAUGGCUUGUUAGUGAUGUGGAGUUUCUACAUAAAAUUAGUAAGAAAUGAGGUUUGUUUUCCCUUAGAAAAAUGGGCAGCUCUCUCCAGACUAAUGUGUACUUCUCAGUGUUAACCCUGAGUUCACAAAUAGCUGGUCAUGGCAGAUCAACAUCUCCCCAAGAAUGGUUUCUAUGUUGUAUAUUAUUUGGUUUCUUUUACUUACCUGCUUUAAUACUUGAAUAAACCAUUCACCGGUUUUAAUCUUUUUACUUCAAAACUUUGACAUAAUGACCUGCGCUCUGAUAGCUGCACAGAAGCUCUUUGGCACCACACUUACUUUAGUGUGCUGAUUAAAGUUAACAGAGAAAAUGGUUUUCAUUUACUUGGUGAACAAAGUAAUGUAAUUUUUACAUUAUUUAUCUGUAUGAAAUUCUAGCAGUUAAUUUGAACGUUUAUGUAUAGGAUGUUUGUAUUUUUAGGUCUUUACUACGGUGUUUCUACCUCUCAUUUGUAACUGCAUUAUCUUCAAACCAGGUAAAACCCACUGAGUCAUUGUGGAAUAGUCUUUUUAAAUUGCUUGUACAAAUGUAUAUCAAGGUUAAAUAAAGCUGACAGUGUUUUUAGGGUACAGUUGGGGUGAUAUGAAGUGGCUUGUCAAGCCAGAUGCUUUUUGAGAGUGGGUCGGAAACUUGGUCGUCAAUAUUCUUUGCCCUGCUCCAGGAUUUAAAACCCUUGGUGACUGUCAUACCGGCUCCUGCAGACAGACUGUACCCCUCCUUAUACUAGUGAUAAAAUGUCUUCUGUAAUUUUUACACUAAAUUCUUUCAUGUUCUCUUAAUCACCCUGUUUAUCUCAGUUGGUUUUCCAAGUAAGCAGAUGUAGUUGGCCUCCUCUUCUACACUUUUUAAAAAUAUAAUAUCAACAAUUUUGGAGAGGAUGAGGUUGGUGUAAAGUCAGGAAUAGGUGAGUGUUGAAACUGCACUGUUACUCUCAAGCUCUUCCUGUGUGACCAAGGUCUUGUGGGUGGUGUGAGAAGCAGCGACAUCUCAGCAGUGGAGAGCAACUGCAAACUCUUGAAUAAUGGUUCUGAUAUCCUACCAUUAUCAAGGCCAAUUGUUUAAAGAAAUUUUUGCCUUGAUUAUAGCAAUAAUAAAUAAAUGCUUUAUGUUUCUGUA